GUGAGAGCAGUGUGUGUGUGGAGUGAGCGAGUGCAGAGCGAGCCACUCACACGGAGCAUGCCUCUGCGUCCUGCAGCCGGCAAACAUGAGCCACCCAGCUCUCCACAGCAGGACCAGCACACACACUCACACCCCUACACACACACCAACGGCAGCCAGGGGGCCAGCUCUGACAGCGGCAGCUCACAGGAAGAGGACAGCGGCAUUCCCGUUUCUGUCAGUGUUUUCUCUUUCCGUCCCGCUCGGGAGCGGAGCCCCAGUGCAGGAGGAGGCAUGGCGCAGGCACAGGGCAACACGCUGGUGAUCCGCAUCGGAAUACCGGACCUGGCACAGACGAAAUGUAUGAAGUUCGAUGUGGACGCUCCUAUCUGGUUAUCUAAGCAGCAUAUCCUGUGUACUCUGAACCACAGCCUGAAGGACGUGCUGAACUACGGCCUCUUCCAGCCAGCUCACAAUGGAAAGGCUGGCAAGUUCCUGGAUGAAGAGAGGCAGCUGAAGGAAUACCCACUGCCUUCUGUUACACCUGUACCAUACCUGGAGUUCCGCUAUAAGAGACGUCUCUACACACAGUCCCACCUGGAUGACAAGCAGCUAUCCAAACUACACACCAAGCCUUAG